UGGCAAACGAGUGUCGACUUGGCUGUAUCUCUGUAUCUCCGGCUGUAACCGUUUCUCUGUGUACCCGUGGCUGUGUGCAUCUGUGUAUCUGAAUUUCUGCUUCCAUUUGAUCCGUCUGCUUUCUGUGUGCCGAAAGUUCAAGCCAUCAGGCUGUCAUCCCCUAAGCUUCUACGCUAGAAGAAAACAGCAGCAGAAACGCAGCGAAAGCGAAGCAGCGUACAAAGCAACAAACAAGAAACAACAACAAAAGGAAUAAAUAAAAGACUGAGCAACGUUCAAGCAAAACAUAAGCAAUCUCCACCCGCACCCGCACCCGCACCCUCUCUCUAGAUAACUGUACAACAAAGCAUACAAAAAAGAUCUCAACAAAAUCAGCCGAUAAGCAAUACCCGAAAUAUAUAUAGAGAGAGCGAGAAGGAAACGCCCAGCAGCCGCAGCCAGCCCCAGCAGCAUUGUAUAAUGUUAAGCAGCCUUGCAACGUUUCUAUUUGGAGCGCCAGCAGCAACGUGCGAGUCAGCCAGUAACAGCAGCAACGAAGUGAAUCCCGUGCAGGCUGUGUGCAGCGAUCCCUGUGAUAACCCAUCCCCGGGAGAUGUAAUUGAGGUGACCUCAUCGACGCCAUCUGUAGCGGGCAACAGCAGCAAUCGCGGCCCGGUGCGCGCCUCACCGAACGGCAAGCGUGGCAAGAAUCGUCGUGGCAAGCAGCAGCGAAACAACCAGCAACAGCAGCAGCAGCAGCAGCAGCAGCAGCGGAAGCAGCAGCCAGCGUCGAUCACCAAGCUGCUAACACCCACUGGGGAGACACCAAUUGAGGAGGACUUUGACGAGGACGAAUGGUACAUUGUCGAGAAGGAGGACGAGGAGGACGACUCUCUGCCACGCAGCGAUUCCGAGGAGGAGCUCUCCGUUGUCGAGGUUCAGCAGCAGCAGCAGCCAAGGGCCUCCUCCACCUCUUGCCAUGGCCAGGCAACAUCGGGUUCAUCGCGCCAUCGGCGUCAGCACAUCAAUUCGCAUUCCCUUUACAGCGGUCCGCGGCCGCAGCAGCAGCGCAAUCACUUGCAGCGCUCCCGCGUGGCCCGUCCGCUGAGCAUCUCCACCCUGAGCCCGCCCAGAAGUGUGCCGCCCAGCAGCCUGGCCGACCUUGACAAUGUCAGCCAGUCGCUGUAUGUGGCCUCGCCCAGCGGCAGCGAUCAUGGCCAGGCUCUGGGUCUGGGUCUGGGUCUGGGUCAGGGUGGGAACGUGCUGAUGGAGGAGUCCUGGUACGUAACACCGCCACCAUGCUUCACCUCGAUUGGGCCAAUCAAUAUGGAAACUUCACCAUUUGAGAAUCUAUUGAUUGAGCAUCCAAGCAUGUCUGUUUAUCGUAGUAUUAGGUCCACCCAGGAGGGCGCCGAAAGUUUUGUAAAUCUUGAUCUCGGGGUGGCAGCUGAGGCGCCACAAACGGAGCUGCAGGAGGCAGCAGAGCUUGAGCUUGCGCUUGAGCUGGAACCGGAGCAGGCACAGGUGCAGGUGCAGGCUCGGGCUCUACACGAGCAGCGCCCAAACAGCGCGCGCUUCGAUCGCCAUGCGGCAGCACAGCUGAAGCAGGAGGCACUGGCACGUCAGAGCCAGAAGAGCAACAACAAGAAGCAGCAUCAGCAGCUGUGCCGCAGCGCCAUUAAGCGGUCCAACAAGGUGCGCGAUUUCCAGGCCAAGUCCCAUCGCCCACGUCGCUCCGAGAUGCAGCACUGCAAGCUGGUCAGUGGCGCCAACAACAAUCGCAAGUGCUGCUUCUAAGUGCAACACCCCACACUCGCUCCACUCUUCUCCACCCCUCCUGGAGGCGGAGGCGGAGCAUUACAAUCAUGGCAAAGGCAGCGCGAGGGCAACGCGCGUUUCGAUUUUAAAUUAGUAUUUUAACAUAAUCCACAACAACAAAAAAGGAAAAGAAA